UCUAAAGCUGUCAAUUUGAGUAUGCUUGUCAUUUGUUUUUGUACGGGAUUGAAAUGAGGUCGGACGUCUGUCGACUCGCUUGAUGCGAUGAUCGACGCGUACAUGGGGCAAAUUUCCAGCCGAAUCACUGCUUUCAGUCUGGUCCAUACAACAUCAUUUGUAAAUCGUCGCUCACUAGAGCGAAUUUUCGCCGGCUCUUCCAACACCAUCAAAUUCCACCAAACCAUCGACACGCUUGCAGCGACUUCAUUCACUUCACAUCUAUCCGCGUCUCUGCAGAAAUUCAGGAUGAUGUCUAUCGUUAUCUUGGUCGUUACUUGGCUCGGUGGGCUCGCAGUGGGCUCUUCCAAACUUAUCCCGCAGGCGAAACUCUGCUACUCGUACGCGAAUACAAACACAAAUCAUGCUACUUGUGGAAAAUUGGUCUGUCCGUACGGUUGCUCGUGGCCUUUCGUUACCGCAGAGAAUUGUAUGCCGACCACUGGCCCAACUGUCGGCGUCAAUGCGACCUCACAAAUAUGCCAUCUAGGAUACUGGAAAGAAAGUAAUCAAGUUUCUUCCUGCAUCACGAAGUUUGGUUCCUAUAAAUGUAGCGGAGGUAGCACCGGCUUCGCUUCUUGCACAGGGUGUCGAUCCGCUUAAAGCACUUGGGUGUGAACAUGGGGCCUGACACAUUUUGACCAUCUAAUCAAUUGCAAAAGUUUGAAAUUCAGAUAGUUGCCUAUGCCCACAAGAGAUAACUAAAUUGACAAUCUUACAAACAAAACUGAGAAUCAAACAACAAUCUGAAGAUUAAUUUCAGGCAGCUAUGACUCUUGAGAGGCAAACUCACUGGUGAUCUGUGCAGAUU